AUGAAGCUGCAGCCAACUUGGCCGGGUCGAUCCGACGGCUCUCGCUUCUCAUCCAUUCCGUUAUCGAAAAUCAACGGUUCAAAGAACAGAAACAUAUCAAUUCCAUCUUCGAGCCGGCAGAUUCCGUUCUGCUCCAGACCGUCGGAGCAGGUGCACGAUUUCUCUACCCUACCGUACGACGUCGUAGCGAAGAUCGCAGGUUCGUUCAGCCUCCAAAACCUGCGAUCGGCGUCGCUGGUGUGCAAGUCGUGGUGCGAGGCUCUCCGGCCUCUGAGGGAGGCGAUGCUGUUCUUCCGCUGGGGGAAGCGGUUCAAGCACGGCCGUGGUGGGGUUCGCCUAAAUCUGCACAAGGCUCUCGACUCCUUCCUCAAAGGCGCGGCUCGUGGCUCUACUUUGGCUAUGGUCGACGCCGGUUUAAUCUACUGGGAACUGGGCAAAAAGGACAAGGCCCUAGCUUUGUACCACAAAGCGGCGGCUCUUGGCGACCCAGCUGGACAGUGCAAUUUGGCUAUUUCUUAUCUGCAAGCGGAAUCUCCAAAUACUAAGGAAGCUCUUAAAUGGCUAUAUAAAGCUUCCCUCGCUGGCCAUACCCGUGCUCAGUACCAAUUUGCGCUUUGUCUGCAUCAGGGUCGUGGGACGGAUCCCAAUAUACAAGAGGCCGCUAGAUGGUAUCUAAAAGCCGCCGAAAGUGGGUACAAGCGUGCCAUGUACAACGUCUCGCUGUGCUACUCAUACGGGGAAGGCUUAGUGCACAGUCAUCGACAUGCGAGGAAAUGGAUGAAGCGGGCAGCUGAUCGCGGUCACACUAAGGCUCAAUUGGAGCACGGACUGGCUCUCUUUUCUGAAGGGGAGAUGAUGAAAGCUGUAGUGUACCUGGAACUUGCCACCCGUGCCGGUGAAAGAGCGGCAGCUUCUGUCAAGAACGUAAUUCUCCAACAACUGUCAGCAAAUUCACGCGAUCGAGUCAUGUUUCUUGCUGACAAUUGGUGUGCUUUGCCUUCAUCUCGCUGA